AAUUUAAGAAAUGAUAUUUUGUUAAAAAGACUUGGGGGCCAAGUUUUAUUCAAAAACGGUAAAAACGACGCGCUGUGGGGUGUGAUAAUAUGGAGUCGUGUGAGUUUGCACGAAAUCUCGGGGUUUAUCGGGUUAUAGGACCGAAUUACCCUUCGAAAACCAUCGAAUUUUCGGGGGUGCCAUUGGUGGUGACGUGGAGGGGGAAUAAACCGGGGAGAGUGUGUUUAAGAAGAAGAGUGUUGGCAUUGGAAAGUCCACCUCAAGGGUAUAGGAAGAACGUUGGGAUUUGUUUGGUUAAUCCAAAUAAACAGAUAUUUGCAGCUUCCAGAAUUAAUAUACCAGAUACAUGGCAAAUGCCUCAGGGCGGUGCUGAUGAAGGUGAGGAUCUUAGACAUGCAGCAAUAAGAGAAUUGAGGGAAGAAACCGGAGUUACUUCUGCUGAAUUUCUGGCCGAGGCUCCAUAUUGGUUGACAUAUGACUUCCCCACUCAAAUUCGACAUAGACUUAAUAGGAGAUGGGGUACCAAUUAUAAAGGUCAAGCGCAAAAGUGGUUCCUUUUGAAGUUUACCGGGAAGGAAGAAGAGAUAAACCUUUUAGGAGAUGGAUCGGAGAAGCCAGAAUUCAAACAUUGGUCUUGGAUGUUACCGGAAAAAGUGGUGGAGCUAGCAGUCGAUUUCAAAAGGCCUGUGUAUGAACAGGUUAUGAAGUUAUUUAGUCCUUACCUCCAGCCAGACGCAGAAACUGAAACUAAUGUCAAACUUUGUAUGUAUGAAAUUAACUCCAGCAUUGAAUAGCUUGAAAUGUUAAUUAGUGUAUGAUUUUGUGAAGCCUGUAUCUGGCAUUGUGCCAAGUUUUGCCAACAUUGUCAAAUUAACAAGAAUCUUUAACAUUA